GAAAGUUUGUGGUCACCUCUCGAUCUGGCCUUAAGACUGAUUAUCAGAAAUACGUUUUCAAUCGUUUCAAAAUUUUUUACCAAAAAUUCAAGCGAUUUGAAUGUCAAUGGAUUGUCUCGACUGCCAAUGGGUUCACAAUUGAAGGCACAAAGCAAUUGUUAAAUGAGGCGAAAAUGUUGGCACCCAUUGGAGGGGUAUUUCAUUUGACGAUAGAAUUGAACGACUGUUUGAUAGAAAAGUUAACGCUUGAAAAGUUUUGUUUAUCUAUUGAUACAAAACACAAGAUCUUUGCAAAUCUGGAUCAAUUGACCCGACAAUUGGACUAUAAAUUAGAUUAUUUUGUUGUCUUCUCAUCCGUUAUUUGUGGUAAAGGAAACGGCGGUCAAUCAAACUAUGCUUUCGGAAACUCCAUGUGUGAGCGUAUAUGUGAAGAGAGACGUAGGGAUGGUCUGCACGGACUCGCCAUACAAUACGGACCCAUCGGUGAUGUGGGAGUGUUGGAAAGCUCGCAACAGUUUAUACAAUUCACAACAAUGCGAAAGCAGAGAAUAAACUCGAGUUGCGAUGUUUUGGACAAACUCCUAUCAAUCAAACAACCGGUAGUCACGUCCUAUAUUAAUGUGGUUAUAAGUGGUAAAGAGUCGGGCAAUAAAAAGUCACGUGUGAUCGCAGAGUUGUGGCGCGCGUUGGGUAUCGACCGGGCGGUGACGCCCAACCACUUGACUCUCGGCGAGAUAGGGCUCGAGUCGAUGGUCGCUGUGGAGUUGCAACAAGAGUUGGAGAGGGAGUGGAAUAUAAACUUAACAUUAAAUCACGUCACGGGUAUAACCAUCGGUAUGUUGAAGGACUACGAGGUGGGCAGCCUUGGUAAUAUGAAAAAACACAUGGACAGUUUGAAACUAGCCAGGAACAAUUUGUUGAAACAAAAAUUUGUAAUUCCCACCAAAACCUACAACCGUCUAAACGCCGUUACCACCGGUCGACCCGUAUAUUUAAUGCCAACUAUUUUGUUAAAUUUCACAAUGUUUGAGCAUUUGGCACAAUCGCUCAAUCGGCCUAUAGUUGGGCUGAAUUGGACGCGAGAAAUGUCUAAACUGACCACGAUCAAAGAGCUAAAUCAGUACUUUAUCAAACUGUUGAAACAACUCGAACCAAACGGUGGGUACGAUGUGGUCGGCUAUUUAGACGGUGCCAUCACUUGCAGCAAAUUGUUGCUCAAAGGAAUGGCUGACAAAGCGGUAAUCAUUGAUGUUUUGUCCGACGAGAGGUUCAAUGGGGAUCAGCUCUCCGAAGAAGAUUUGUUGGUCUUUACAAUAAAGAUAUUGUUCAGCGAAAUGCCGGACAGUAUUAGGGAAAAGAUUGUACGCGAUUUAAAGAAAGAGACCGACACUAAGGCCCGCAUACGAGUGGUUACCAAAGAGUUUGUCGAACUCGUGGGUAAAGGUCUGGUGGCGCCCGAUAUUGACGAGAUAUUUGCCAUUUUGUUGGCCAGACUUCGGAUGCUUUUGUCUUAUAGGGCGGAGAAAAGGAAGGAGUUAUCUAAUCGGCUCAAAAUAACAACCGGGAACAAGUGGUCCAAACUUGUGGGCAAAUUGAUCAUGAUCAAACCAUUUCUUUUGGACAAUGUUGUUGAUGUGGAUGAAUUAAUUGGCAAAUCACGCGACGCAUACUUAUUACCCGCCGCACAGGAUGGUAACAACAGCAACGAUAAUAUAGAGGUGGCGAUAAUAAAUAGUAUUCCUAAUUUGGAUCAAAUGAACGCCGAAAUGAAUGAAAAAGUUUUGGCUGCGCUUAUAUAA